AUGGAUCGUCUCAUCAACGGCAUCAAUAUACCGCCAACCUGGACCAUCGCAUCUGCUCUCGUGCUGCUGAUUCUCAUCUGGACGACAGCAUGGGGGAAAAAGAGGACAAACCCACAACAACCCACCCACUCCCCCAAAGAAUCCAACAUCUCAGCCUACUACACCAUAACCCCAUUCCAAAACUUCACCCUCUCCACCCAACAACCACUCAAACUCCGCCCUUUUAAACCAAAAUACCACAUGACAAUGGCCCUCCAAUCCCUCCCCUUCUCCGCCCUCCUUCCCUUCGACAAUACAUAUACCGAACGCCUCAGACAGCGCCGAUCCCUGCUACGUGACCACCGCUAUGAAAUCCUGGCUUGUAACCCGUGUGCUGCGCCUGCGGUGUUGGAGCUGUAUGCGUAUUUGACGCGGUGUUGGCUGCCGGGGCGAUAUCCUGAUAUCUUUAGGUUGGAGUGCGAUGGUGGCAGUAGUAAUGGUGGUGGUGGUGGGGAUGAGCAGGAUGCAAGAGCAGGGUAUUUGCAGAAUGAGGUGACGGGGGCGAGGAUGGUGUUGGAUUUGGGCUUCGAUGGGCAUGGGGACGAAGAUGCGAAUACACACGACCCAAACAAAACAACAGAAAAAGCGAAGCGAGCCCUGGAAUCCCUCAACGCAAACAUCGACUCCGAUUUCUUCUUCCUCCUACCAUCCGACGCCGUCUCCGCGUCCCCACAAUCAAAAUUAAAAUCCAAACUACAAUCACCCCAAUCCCAAUACACCCUCCAAUCCCACCUCUGCGCCUUCCCCUCACACUUCUCCCCCCGCUCCAAACUCGGACUGUCGCUAUCCGCCAUCCACGCGCCCGUGCCGCACUAUGCGGACAAGCUGGAGCGCAGCAUGGAACGGUUUUUUGCCGGUUUGGAGGUUGGGCGGUGUGUGGGGAGGGUGAAUUGGAGUGUGGGGUUGGAGGGGAUGGCGGGCUUAUUUAGGACGGGAAGGGAAGGGGGGAUCAAGGAAAAGGAGGCAAAGCAAAAGGACGAAGACGAAGACGAAGUCGAAGACGAAAAGCAAAAAGACACUGUAAAAAUAAACCCAACCCAAACAGUCCUAAGAUGCGAACGCCAAACUCUACACAGACUCCCCAAAACCAAAGCCAUCGUCUUUGCUUUCAAGACAUACAUGUACCCCCUCUCCGAACUCCGCGACGAAGGCAAUGGCGAGAUACUCGCAGAGGCAAUCGACGGCCUGGCCACGGGUAGUGCACCUGGCAUUGCUGCGUAUAAAAAUAAAAAUGUGUGGGGGACAGAGGUAAAGGCUUAUUUGAGGGGCGAGAUUUGA